AGGGGCAGGCACCGGAGGAGCUGCCCCGGUCCAACCACCACGCUCGAGCACGUCCCGAAAUCUUGGCAUCAGCGACAGCUUCAACCUUUUGAGUGUACGUUCCCGUACUUGAAGCCUACGUGGUGCUCAACCUUCUCCACAACUGCACCAUGGCAACUUCAGCGAGGGGACCGCCCGGCACGGUCGCAAGGCCGACUCCACCAAACCAGACUCUCUACGUCAGAAAUCUCAAUGACAAGCUCCAGAAGGCCGACCUUAAGCGCAACUUGUAUAUGUUAUUCGCGACAUAUGGUGUUGUCCUUGACGUUGUUGCGCUCAAAACCACGAAAAUGCGCGGACAGGCACACGUCGUUUUCCGAGACGUUGAUUCGAGUACGCAGGCAAUGCGGGCUCUCCAGGGCUUCGAAUUCUUCGGCAAGCCUAUGAACAUCCAAUACGCAAAAGGGAAAUCCGACACCGUCAAAAAACUCGAUGGUACAUUUCAGCUUCCGGAAAGGGAAGAACCGAAGUCAACGGAGACGACGACCGCACAAGAAUCGGUAUUUGGAACGGGACCUGCCCCUACGAAGGCGAAACCUGUGAAUGAACCUGCUGCUCCUGCCGCUCCUGCCGCCCCUACCGCCGAGGAAUCGACCAAAGGCGUAAAGAGGGCAAGAGAGGAAGAAGAGGAAGAGGAAGAUGAGGGUGCUGCUAUGGACGUGUCGGAUUCGGAGUAAAGCAGAGAAGCUGAGGGUGGUACGGAUACAGAGAUUGCAGUCGAGGAUGUCGGUGUGGACAUGUCGGAGUCGGAGCGAACAGAUCCAACCAACGGAUCAAGUGGAUAGGCACUUCGCCUUAUGCUGGAUGUGUGCCGUCGGAGACAUCUAUGCGGUGCACACUAUGGGGACAUGGAAAACCGCAACCGGCGUCACGAACGGAGUUCAGGAGCUGCAUUUCUCAAACCAUAACGGCAGAGGUAAACAAUUGGCUACUUCCAAGCAGUCUGAAAUGGUACCUAACACAAUAGAUAGAUACCCAGACCAAUAGCGCUUUAGCUUUCAAUAUCAGGUUUUCAGUUGAGC